AUGCAAAUUCAGCGUACUCGGCAAGAUCGCUUUUUAUCAUCCAACAGCGAUAGCACUUGUAAUAACGAUAGCAACGGUAAAUUAUGCGAAACUUAUAACUUGACGUCAACAUGGCAUGCUUAUACAAGCAUUUACAAGCACGUCGUUGCAGGUCCCGUACCGCUUCACAGUGUCAAUCCACCAAUCGCAGUUCCACCACCGCUAUUCCCCACCAUUCCACCACCCUGCACCACGACAGCGCCACAUCACGAUGGACAUUCUGUACAUGUUGUGCAACCGAGUCGAGCUCAACAGCAGCCGCAGACUUCUCAGCCGCCACCCCAACAACAUUCACAUAAUUCUUCGCAUCCGGCGCCAUCUUUCUCUAGAGAUCGUGUGCAUGUAGAGAAGUCACCACGAAUGUCUGGGACCCCACCGGGUGGCCAGUCACAUCAGCGGCAUGGAAAUGCGCAAGCGUCUCAGCAGCAGAACACUCCAACGCAGGUGAAAACUGAACCAGCGGAGGCGACAACUGUGAAGAAAGAGCCAAAGGAUAAAGUUGAAGAAACGACGGAGAGGAUAACACCGAAUAGGAAUCGUCAAAGCACGGAUACGCCUGCACGAGCAGGUCCUGUAAAGAGAGAACGCGCAAGUAGCGAGCAUGCUGAGGAUGUGUCACCAUCUCCAUUGACGGAAGAGGAAGAUAAGAAGCCGCCGGCUAAAAAGACGAAGGAAGAGGAUGCAGCCACAUCGUGGCGAACAUUCUAUAAUGCCGAUCUUGCUCGACAAAAGGAGGCUGAGCUCAAUCUGGACAUCGAUCCUGAAAUGCGUGACCUGGUGGCACAAUCUCUUACGUUGGAGAACAAAUUAGUGGCUGAGCUCAUCAAAAUGAAGACAGCUGCAGCACUUGUUGCUGUGCAAGAGAAUGAAGUUUGCAUAUGUAACGCGAAAAUUCAAAGUUUAAGAGAAAUGAGAAAUGAUCUUGAGAACCGACAAUCCCGUCUGAUGGCCCCAGCUGUUGUCACAAUGCCAGACCUGAACUCGCGGGCUUGA